AUGCGUUCUGUAUGGCCAAUCUUGUUUUUAAUAGUUGUCAACGCCGUCCUCGUUCUGUCAGCACCGACGGAGGAGUUCAAAGGAGCUCGUGACAGAGUGAAACGUCAAUUCGGUUUCGGUUUCCCAUUCGGUGGCAUGGGUAUGUUUGAUCCGUUCAUGAUGGGUGGUGGGAUGUUCGAUCCUUUCAUGAUGGGCGGAUGGGGCUGGGGCCGUUAG